AUGAAGGAUCUUACCGCAAAAAAUACCUCAUUCACUGAGUUCAGAUUAAAUGGUUUCUACAGCCUUGGAGAAUGGAGGCCUUUUUUAUUUAUCCCAUUCUUUCUGAUGUUUAUGUUGGCAAUCAUAGCAAAUUCCAUUCUCAUAUAUUUAAUCAAAACUCAGAGGUCUCUGCAUUCUCCGAUGUAUGUAUUAAUAGGUGUCAUGGCAGUUGUAGACUUGAUUAUGCCUUUAUCUUUUGUUCCUAACAUGCUUCUUAGCUUUCUAUUCAACUGGAGUGGGAUAUCUCUAACUGGUUGUUUGAUACAAAUGUUUGGCAUUCAUUUUGUGGGAUCAUUUCAAGUUACUCUGCUUUUUUGGAUGGCGCUGGAUCGUUAUUUUGCAAUAUGCAAACCUCUUUAUUAUCAUAAAUACAUGGAAAUGUCUAACUUCCUUAAGUUUGUGUUUGCACCAGUAAUCAGAAAUGCACUCCUGAUUGUCACCAUGGUCUCGCUGGCUGGAAGACUGUCAUUUUGUGCAACAAAUGUAAUUGAUCACUCUUUUUGUGAGCACAUGGCAUUGGUUCAGUUAGCAUGUGGAGAUAUAUCUGCUAAUAAUAUUGUAGGUCUUCUGUCAGCUUUCCUUAUAGCGGCUACAGAUUGCAUUCUUAUUACUGUCUCAUAUAUUGUCAUGUUUUUCUAUGUUUUGAAAUCUGGAACGGCUAACAUGAAGGCUUUAAACACUUGUGUUACUCACUUAAUUGUGUUGUCAAUUAGUUUGACGUCUGCCUUGACUGCAUUUUUGUCAUACAGAAUACGUAACAAUCUUUCUUCUAACAAUCGUAUAUUUAUAAGCACAGUGUACUUAUUUUUUCCAAGUUGUCUACAUCCGUUAAUCUAUGGAUGGAGAACUAAAGAAAUAAGACAAACAUUUCUGCAGUUUAUACACAAAGCACAUAUAUUUCCUUUGGAAAAAUAA